AUGUUAACAAAAUUCUUAGAGCCAAAACUGCUGUUAAUAUCAGUCCAAUUGUUGGAAGUCUUCUUGUUCGACGAUCAAAUUACGAAUUCUUCACCACCUCAAGAAGAAGCUGUUGGGGCAAAACGGAAAGUAAUGGGAAAAGAGGAAGAGGGAGGCGGAAGAGUGGAAGAUUGGAAGAGUCAUGUUACCUCAGCUCCAACUCCAACUACAAUUUCAACUGCAUCUGCAAACUAA